AUGGCAUGGGAGAAGCGGGCGCGAAGCUCGUGGACUGUGUCAUUUCAGCAAAGACGCGACUCUAACAGCAGACGACUUUCGCCUGAGCAGCUUCAGGACUGCUUCCAAGCUGGUUCAGACCUAUUCGAUCACAUUUACUCGAGGCAGUCGCACAAACUGCGACAAGUCCUCACGCACAACCACCCUGACCUUGGGGAGUAUAUUUUGAACUUCCAAUAUGGCCCACUUUUUGCGCCUGCCUCGCAGUAUUUGCACACGUCUGAGCCAGUGUGGGAAGUGAAUCGUGUGCGGAUGAGUCUGGUGGCCAUUGCUGCAUUGCAUGCACAGGGCGGCGUUGCGCCGCAGGUCGUCAGCCAUAUCUAUGGUCUGCUGCGUGCGCGGCCCGUAUUGGAACAGAUGACCAAGGAUGCUGAGCGUGAAAGUAUCGAGUUUCUUACGUCCGAACACGGUGCACAAUGGGCAUUACAACUCGUGAACGAGGUGUGCCGCGUCGUUGAAGGAUCGGAAGACGCUGAGCGUGAGAGCAGCUCUCCCGACACCUCUGCAUCGCGACCCUCCAAGCUCUGA